AUGAACAAUAUGGAAUUGCGCCGCAAGGGCUCAUCGAAGCUGAGAGACUCGGGCGCAGUCACUGAGGACCUCAUGUCCCGCGAAUCCUUUUCCCUCGACGACCCCGUGCCCAAGACGCCGACGCUGAACAAUCAUGGAUUCUGGGACCUCCCUCGCCACGACCAGAGGAACUUUGGCCUGCUCGUUCUGUUAUACUUCCUCCAGGGCGUACCGCUCGGGUUGGCUACAGGAUCUGUCCCGUUCUUGCUCAAGAACCAUAUGUCGUACAGCGAGAUUGGAGUCUUCAGCCUGGCAUCCUACCCCUACUCUCUCAAGCUGCUAUGGAGCCCCGUCGUGGAUGCUAUCUGGACGCCCAAGCUCGGCCGGAGAAAGAGCUGGAUCCUGCCCAUCCAGCUGCUCUCUGGCAUCGGGAUGCUGUGGCUUGGCUCCAUGGUGGAGGACAUGAUGGCUACGGUGGGCAAAGAGGGCGGCCCGAGUGUCUGGAACUUCACUGGCUGGUGGUUCUUCCUCGUACUCAUGUGUGCGACGCAGGAUAUUGCGGUGGAUGGCUGGGCACUCACCCUCUUAACCCCGGGCAACGUCUCCUACGCGUCUACCGCCCAGACGGUCGGCUUGACUGCCGGCCAGUUCCUCUCCUAUACCGUCUUCCUCGCCUUCAACUCCAAGGACUUUGCCAACCGCUACUUCCGAGCUGAACCCCUCGACGUCGGACUCAUCAGUCUCGGCGGGUAUUUGAACAUGGCCGGAUGGCUGUACAUCAUUGUCACCAUCGGACUCGCCACCAUGAAGAAGGAAGAGAAGACAAAGAACGAGGACGGCAUCUGGGACGUCUACAAGAUUAUGUGGGGCGUACUCAAGCUCAAGAGCGUACAGACCAUCAUGAUCGUACACCUUAUCGCAAAAAUUGGUUUCCAGGCAAAUGACGGCGUCACGAACCUCAAGCUGCUAGACAAGGGCUUUGGCACGGACAACAUGGCCCUAACGGUCCUGAUCGACUUCCCCUUCGAGAUCGGUCUGGGUUACUACGCCGGUGUGUGGUCACAAAAAUACACCCCCAUGCGUCUUUGGUGCUGGGGCUUUGUCGGUCGCCUGGUUGCCGCUGUCUUUGCCCAGUUUGUGGUAGUCAUUUUCCCAGCCCAGGGUGUCACAAUUUGGUAUCUGCUGGUGGUCAUUGCAGAGCAUGUUUUCUCUACCUUCAUGAACACCAUCAUGUUUGUCGCCGUCUCGGCUUUCCACGCCAGGAUCUCCGACCCUGUCAUCGGCGGCACCUACAUGACUCUGCUUGCUACCGUUUCUAACUUGGGCGGCACAUUCCCACGCUUCUUCGUUCUCCGUCUCGUCGACUCCUUCACCAGUGCAACCUGUCAUCCCGGCGAACCUAAGCUGCAGGCAGAGCUGAAAGGGCCACUGGUCACAGAGCCGUUCUCAUGCGCCGUCCAGGCCGACAAGGAGCGGUGUAUCGACGGAGGCGGCGCGUGUGAGAUGGUCCAAGACGGCUACUAUAUUGUCAACAUCCUCUGCGUUGCCAUAGGUGUUCUCACCUUUUUGAUGUACAUUAGACCAAGGGUCCUGCACCUACAGAGCCUGCCAUUGAGGGCGUGGAGACUUGCAGCAGGGAAGUCAUAG